GUUAUUCCACCCGUACUCGUACACACACACACGCAGCCUGUCGGUGGAAGGGACGGAGGGUGUUAGCCUCUUAGCCUGUGGCUCCUCCAGGUCUAUUUUCUGUGCCGACCUGACUCCGACAGAUUAACCCUGGCGACACAACGCUUCACUGCCAGCGUCACCUUCCUGCUACUGCUGCUGCUUUCCUCAGCCUAGUCCUUGGUUGUAGCCCUGCUGAGAGGUGUUUGGUUCUACUGGUGGGUGGAGUACCCUCUCUCCAGCAGCCAUGUCGGGCUUCAAUCUGCUGCAUCUAAUAACCAAGAGCCAGCCUGUAGCUCUGAGGUCCUGCAGUCUUCCCUCAGGAGCACGUAGGACUAAGAAGACAUGGCCAGUGAGCUUUACUCAGGAGGAGCUGAGGGAACGCCUCACACCAAUGCAGUACCAUGUCACCCAGGAGAGAGGAACUGAGAGUGCCUUCACUGGACAGUUCACAGAUCAUAAAGAUGAGGGGACCUACACUUGUGUUGUCUGCGGGGCCCAGCUGUUCAGCUCGAAAACUAAAUUCGACUCAGGAUCGGGUUGGCCAUCCUUCUUUGACCUUGUGAAGGAGGAGGCCAUCUCUGUGGCAGAUGAUUUCUCCUAUGGGAUGCACCGAGUGGAGACAACCUGCAGCCAGUGUGGAUCUCACCUGGGACACCUGUUUGAUGACGGACCAAAACCCACAGGGAAACGCUACUGCAUUAACUCGGCUUCGUUGGGUUUCCAGCCCAAAGACGCCGACUCUUCCACCACUAGCUCCGAGGCUGUGGGUGGAGCUGCCAGCAGUGCAGUGAGCGAUGGGAAGACAGAGCUGUGAAAGACUCAGGAACCACAACAGACUGACGACUGUGCCUGUGUACGGAGAGUGUGGGUUCCGUAUUCUUGAUUCACAAUAUAAAGACAAAAUAGGUGAAUAUAUUGCGAAAGAAAGUAAGGUGCUCAGACACAGAGCAGAGAAAUACUGUAAUGUAUAAUCUAUCACGAGGGAAAGUGCACGCUUCCAAAACAGUCACAGUCAAAUCUGCAAGACACACUGUUAUCAGCUGUUUGCCUUAAAGGGAACUUGAAGUAUUUUCCAACCAGGGUGUUAUUCUCAGAUGCUAUUGGUCAUGAUAACAUUAUAUUUGCAAAGUUUGGGGGACAAGGGAGCUGCUGGAACAGAACGUGGAAAGCUCUGAAGCUUACCAAUAUAGUUACAGGGAGUUCCAUCAAAGACUCUUGUUUACAUUUGGUAUAGUCUUGCAUAGCCUGACCUUUUAUCUGCAGUGCUGUGUCAGUGCAAGGGAAGGGUCUGAAAGCACCAGUUAUCAUUCUGGUAAUAGAGAAAAACACCCAUGUUGAAAAAUACCAGCAUUUUCCCUUAAUUCCCUUUAAUUUCCCAUGUCUGGGUAGUAGCAUUUGGUCUGCUAAUUUAAACUUGGAUUGCUGUGUAGUAGUAGACAAAACAUAUAAGUAUAUGAUAUACAGAGGAUUGUUUUAUAUUCUAACUAAAAAGUAUUUUAUUAGAGUACAUUUUUGAAGUGAUAUUUGAUACUGAGAGGUUUUGAGGAUUUGAUGAAAUUGCCCACGUAAGCACUACUGUCAGCAGUGACACAGGUAAUGACAGAGCAUACUGUGACAGAUGGUACUGUGGCCUUUAGGUCAAUUUCUGUAUUUGUUCCUUUAGUUUGUUUGCAGUUGAAAAUAUUUUCAGUUCGUGUUCACGGCUUGCAUUGAAACGAUUACUGGCUGAAUAAAAUAUAUAGAAACACUGUGA